CCUCCCUGCAAUGCUUCGUUCAGGGAGAUGGCUUUUGCAUCAGAAAGUUAGGCGCAGGAGGCGGGCUGAGGGCUCAGGUGUGUUUUUAUAGGCAGCUUGAAACUGGAGAAGAUGUGGGAGAUCUCUUAUGUGGACAUGUGAUAAGGUGGAGUACGAAAGGAAAGACUGCAACCAGACUUUCCAAGUUGGACUAAUGUAUGAAGGUAACCCUUGACUGUGCUGCACAAUGGCAGGCAAGCAAAGACGGCACUGGAGGUCCAUCUGCAAAAGUCUGGUUCUUGGUAUUUUAAUGACCUCCUGCAUGAUGCUGCUUUACUCUCUGUCCAUGCUGCAGGUGCCUCUGAACAUGCCUGAAGUUCCAGUGUCUUACUCCUGUGCCCAUCGCCCAUCCCAGCCGUCCAGCACAUCAGAAAGGACGUGCACCCCCAAAGUGGACAUCAUGUUCAUGAAGACUCACAAAGCGGCGAGCAGCACCUUACUCAACAUCCUGUUCCGCUUUGGACAGAAACAUCACCUGAGGUUCGCCUUCCCUGACAGCAGGAACGACUUCUUCUACCCCGCCUUUUUCCAGCGUUCCCACGUUAAAGACUACAAACCGGGAAUGUGCUUCAACAUCAUCUGUAACCACAUGCGCUUCAAUGCGGACGAGGUGGCCAAGCUGUUGCCUGUUGACACGUCCUACAUCACCAUCCUCAGAGACCCCGCAGAGCUUUUUGAGUCCUCCUUCCACUACUUCAGUCGGGUGGUGCCCUUCACUUGGAGGAUGCCAGGAGGGGACAAGCUGGCCGAGUUCCUCCGUGACCCCCAUUACUACUUUCACCCGGAAGGCUUUAACGCAUUCUACCUCAAGAACCUGCUGUUCUUUGACUUUGGACAGGAAAAUAUGCUGGAGCUCGAUGAUCCACGCGUAGACGAGGGGAUCCGAUCCAUCUCAGAGCGUUUCCAGUUGGUCAUGUUGAGGGAACACUUUGAGGAAUCUCUCAUUCUUCUCAAAGACGCGCUCUGUUGGGAGAUGGAGGACCUCCUCUUCUUCAAGCUCAACGCCCGCAACAGCUCAACCGUGUCCAAACUGACGCCAUACCUGAGAGCCAGGGCCCUGCAGUGGAACGCUCUCGACUGGAAAUUGUACCAGCACUUCAACGAGACCUUCUGGGAGAAAGUAGACGCGUACGGACGGGGGCGCAUGGCGGAGGAUGUGGCGGAGCUCAGGCGGAGGAACGCGGAGAUGGCGGACACAUGCAUCGAGGAAGGUCACGCUGUCGAUGCCGGCAGCAUCCAGGAGACGGACAUGCAGCCCUGGCAGCCUAUCGGAGAGAAAUCCAUCAUGGGAUACAACCUGAAGAAGAACAUAGAAGAGGCCCAGAUGAAGCUGUGCCGUAAGAUGUUGAUGCCAGAGCUUCAGUACUUGACUGAGUUCGGCGUCAACCUGUGGGUCACCAAGCUGUGGGGACACAUCAGGUCCAUCAUCAACUGGUGAUGGGGCAUGACAACAAAUGGCAGGGACAGGUAGUGACUGAAGGGCUUCACAGUUCUGUCACAUCUUAUUUACCGGGGGUGUGGUCAAAGUAGGCAGGUGAGGCAGAACUUCACUUUGUUUUGAUGAAAGAUUUCAAAACAAAUAAUUCAUCAGAUGAAUAUUUUUUCAUUAAAUGUGUUUUCUGUAUGAUUACUAUUUUUUAAGAAUCUUUUUCUUAAGUAAAAAUCUCUAAAUUAGGUGGGAACCUUUUUUCUUGGUUCUGUGAAAAUUGUAGAUUAUGGAGUUUUAUCAACUCUUUGAAUGUCACUGUAAUACAUGAAAAAGAAAACACUUAAAAGGGAACCUAGUAUGCAAAAUCAACUGUUUUUACCUAUUGGUACCUGUUUUUGUGUAUUUGAGAUCUGCUUAAAUCCUAAAAAUUUGAAAUCAAACCAUGGACAUUGGUGUAGAUAUUUAUAAAACAAUCUUGCCUUCCCAUUUCUUCCUCCAAACAAGCCGUUUGGAAUUUGCCCCAAUUGUGACUUUUUUCCCAAGUGUUAUGUUAGCGGAUAACUCCAUUCAUGGUAGAAAUUUACCCGAAGAGCUUUAAGCGAGUGUCAAUAAGGUCAUGCACAUGCACAUGCAUCUUCCACUGUUGCAAUUUCUAAUACAAAGCAGCGUAUAGUUCCAACUUAUAUCUGUCAGUCGACUCGCUAUGGAAGUCGAAGUGGAGGCAUUUAAAAAUAAAACCACCCACAAAACGGUCUCAAAAAGUGGCUUGAAGAUGAUCUGUAAAACGUAAUCUUUGCACGAUUUUGACCAAAGAACCACCAUCACAUGUUAUGUAGACCACAAGGAAAGUGUUGUAAAUGUAGAAAACAAUUUUAAAUUAUAAAAGGCCGUAUCAAUCCAAGCCUUGCUCAAGUGUGUCGCUGGGGUGAUAUAGUGUGUGUAUGCACGCUACAACAGCGUCUUCUUCCUGGCUGGAACUUUGAUUACUUAAUAUAACUACCUUGAGGGUUAUUUGGGAUACUAAGAGUUCUGUUUGGCACAAAAGGUUUGAGGCAUCAGUGGAGCUUGCAUGUACAACUGUGUUUGUGUGUGCAUGCAAUCUGGAGAGUGACAGCUAGCUGACAGUUUGAAAAUCAAUUGAUAGACACUACUACAUAUGUAUUUUCUAUUAAAUGGUCACAUAGGUCUAUAUCAAUGUGUAUGCAUUGAACAUAUUUGAGCACCAGUGUCCAAACAUGCCAGCUAUACGCGCGACCAGUCUUAUUUUUGAUAGUUAAUACAGAGUGGCAUUAUGGUCCUUUUAUCUUCAUUUCAAUGACUAUUUCUAAGUGUCUCAAUUGAAGUCAUCAGAAUAUCUUUGAUAGUUUUCUGUAAGUUUGUUUUAUCAUUUUAUUACAUGUGGUGUACACUGAUUUCAAAAUUUAAGUACAACAUAUCAAAUUUUCUGUUUGUCAGCAACGUCCUCCAUGUAAAAGUGCUGUAGUACCCUUAGUCUACACAUACACUGAGUCAGCAUAACAUUGGGGCGGCGUACGUGGGCUAGCAGGCGCUUAUUGGGUACCACACAAUAUUUUCUCGCAAAAAAAAACCUAACAAAACAAAAUACAAGAAAUGUAUUUAGAUGCUUUGCUGAAUGAAUGAAUGAGACUACCAAUAUGGAGGAUUACAUAUACAAGCGGAAAAACGUCUCUAAAGUCAACUUUUAGACCAAACGGAAUGUGAUCAAACUUUUAUCAUCCAAUUAUUGUGUGGAAACUUUUCCACAUACAAAUAAAAAGGUAUAACCACAAAUGUUUUUUUAAUUUUUAUAAAAGUAAACACAUGUGACUAAGGCGUAUUUGAUAACUUUUUCAUUAUCUUCUUGUUAUUCUCUUAAAAAGUAGCCUGUAUUAACGUUAGUAAGAGCAUAUGAAACUCAACUCAAAAGUGCCUCGAAUCCCGCCGCACUUCACUGGUUAUUAUAGUAAGUGACCUGCAUUGUUUAAAUAUGAUACUUCUUGCUUUACAUUUAGUGUUGCACUGUUAUGACUUAAUGGGUGCUCUAAAUAAAUAUUUCACAAUCUACAAAUACUCCACAAGUUGUAGUACUGUUCCUGUUUGUCAGUCUGUAAUUCAGAUAGUAAAAUAAUAUUGUUCUGGAGGAAUCAAUAACAGA